AGCAGAUAAUCACAGGCCACUGUGAGAAGGACACACCUUGCGCUGAUUUUGCCAAGGUAUACACGGGGAUGCGUUUUGAUUCACGAAAGGGUGUCAUCAGUGCAAGAUUUGAGUCGUGCUUUACAGCCUGUCGCGCAAUCGCCUAGGUCGCGAUUUUUGCGAUAUUCUUUUUUUCCGCAUAGGUUAGUGGGCUGCUCUCCCCCAGUUCCAAGAUGACUGGAGUUUUCGAGAACUUAAAUACUGAUAUGCAUUCGAACCAGAUUACCUCAAGCAAUUACCACAGCUUGCACAAAUCGCAGGAGUCCCCGACUCUGCCGGUUUCCACGGCGACGGACAGCAGCUAUUACAACGGCCAGCAGCCUGGGCACUGCGCCGGGUCACCGUUUGGACAACUGGGCACUUACCAGUACCACAGCAGCGCCACGAGUUCUGUGCCAUAUAACGCAAAGUCAUACGACCUCGGUUUCAACUCAUCGUAUGGUACAUACGGUUCUUAUGGCUCCAACUCAUCGCCAACUCCCGCAGACACAGAGAAAGAUGAGAGCGAGCCAGAAAUCCGGAUGGUUAAUGGAAAACCAAAGAAGGUCAGGAAACCUCGAACCAUUUACUCCAGCUUCCAACUGGCUGCGCUUCAACGGAGGUUUCAAAAGACUCAGUAUUUGGCUCUACCAGAACGGGCCGAGCUGGCAGCGUCGCUGGGCCUUACGCAAACACAGGUUAAAAUCUGGUUCCAAAACCGCCGCUCCAAGUUCAAGAAGCUGUGGAAAAGUGGAGAAAUCCCCCCAGAACAACAUGUUGCUUCCAGUGAAUCUCCCCCGUGCACGUCUCCACCAACUACCGCCUGGGACUUUCCACAGACUCAAAGAAUGAACAAUGUCAGCUCUAGUUUACCUCAGAGCAGCAGCCCUCCAAACACGACUGCGCCUUCGUCGUUUUUGGCAAACUACUCCUGGUACUCAACUACGAACUCUACCACGCAUCUGCAGCCUCCUCUGGUUCAGCAUCACCACAACUCCGCCAUAAGCGCUGGGACAAUAUUCUGAAAUUUAAAAGAGAGAGCGAGCGAGAGAACGAGAAAACGUCGGGUGUAAAUCGGACAAUACUGGUGAA